CUAAUGCAGGCAACCAUCCAAUCGGAAUGCUAUCUCUUCCCUGAUACCUGAUGCCAGCUUCCCUGGUAAUGUAGGCCACUGAAGCAAAUCCAGAGAGAUUGAGUUAGAAGACAAAAUAGCGUCCGAGAUUCAUUUGGUCGCUGCUCUGCCCUUUCCUCCUUUGCUGCCAAUAACAGGAAAGAAUAUCAGCAUGGUUUUCAGCUUAGGCAUUCCUAGCUAGGCCUAGUAUCGGAAAAAAAGGAGGGGGGACACUAUUAAAAAUAACCCAAAAGAAGACCACAGCUGAAGAGGAAGAACAAGGAACAGAUCCACACGUCCAUGAAAGCAUGCGGUGGCUUCUGAGCAGUGGUAGCUGGAAGAAAUUUGGACAUGCUGAUAGGGGAAACUAUGACUGGUUGACCAGUGAACCAGGCAUGCCAUUGGUGGAAACAGAGCUACAGAGUCAGCAUAAAGUAAGUUCGACCAAAGAAGAUAUAGAGCCAUUCCUAUGCAUCAUAUUACCAGCUACCGUGAUGCUCUUCCUGGCAUUCCUGUUGCUUUUCCUCUACAGACGUUGCCAACGCCGCAAUCCUCAGGCUCAGAUCUUCAGCAUUGACCUCCCAGAGUCCCUUCCAGAGCAUGAUGUGACAGAUUUUCUCUCUGUGCUACCCUGGAACAAUGAGCAGAGCUUCCAAUAUUCCACUCUCCUGCCUGAAACUGCCCUUCUUGCUGUAUGCUUGCCUCCGUCCUAUGAGGAGGCCACCAUGAAGGCAUCCGUGGAAGAGGACCAUGUUCAGCUCUUUCAGGAGCCAGUGCCCCCUUAUGAAGAGACCAAACAACAAUAAGCACACAGAAAUUCCUCUGGUCAGGGUUUUUUCCCUCUAUUGUGUUUUUAGAAAACAAAGCAAGAAGAACUCAGAGCGAGGCAAUCAUUACAAGCACAACAGAGCUUCAAGUGA